AUGAGCACAGGCAGCGGUGACAUUCGCUCAAGAUGGGCGUCGAGGCUUAUCAGACAGAAUAUCUUCGAUGAGCUAACCAACCUCACGAAAGGGAAUGUCUGUAAUCAGCGGAAACAAAAUCACCCAUCAAAAGUUUCACAAACAGGAUGCCUUCAAUUCUCAGCUCCUCAUUUGAGUGGUCUCUUCGACACAAUCCCAACAGGCCCGUUCGAUCUCCCGAAAGACAUUGUGCAAGAGUAUGACCAAAUCCCAUCCAUGAAUCCCGAUGAAUCGAGUGUCAAGCACAGAAUCUGUAUUGUCGGUGCUGGCAUCAGUGGCCUAUUUAUUGCCAUGAUUCUGGACAGCUUGGAGAUUCCUGGUCUGGAAUACGACAUCCUGGAAGCGUCGGACAGGACGGGAGGGCGCAUACACUCUUAUUACUUCUCCGAUGCUCCACACGACUAUUACGAUUGCGGAGCCAUGCGAUUUCCAGAUAUCGACAUGAUGAAGUCGGCUUUCAAGCUAUUUAAGCAGUUGCAUCUUCCGAUCAUCCCAUAUUUCUUUGACCAAGCGAGUGGUUCUGUUAAAUGCCCGACUAUGUUCAAUGGCAUAACAAUGAUCGAUGGUGAGCCACGCAGUUCUGAUCCAUUCCGUGUUGGCAAAGCAAACGGAGGUUCCGUCCCUGAUUCGAAUGUUGACGACGUGAACAAACUGCUCAAUGGCUUCUUUGAUCCUUUUAAAAGCAUGAUGACUGGAAAUUUUGAAGCAGGGUUUAAGACUCUCAUGGAAUAUGAUGGCUAUACCACUCGCCAAAUCCUGCAAAACCCACCCACUGCUAUCGCCGGUCCGACAACCUUAAAACCUUUGGACUUCUUCACUAUCCAAUGGCUGGAGACUAAUAACACGGGUAGCGGCCUAUUCGAUAGGGCAUUUUCAGAGUCGGUGAUGGACUCCUUCGAUUUUACUGGGUAUGGAAAGCAAGCUAUCCAAUGGUACUGCAUAGACGGAGGGUCUUCGCUUCUAACACGGUCCAUGGAGAUGGCCAUCAAGCAACCUGUGCAGCAUGGGAAACAGGUGAGAGGCUACACUCAAAAUCCAGAAACCAAAGAGAUUAUGGUUCGUGUUGCCGGGGAGCACGAAGGAAGCCGUCUUCCUUACACUACAGUUUUCAACACAACUAGCUUGCCGUGCCUGCAACGGAUGGACUUGACCAAUCUCAAUCUACAUCCUAGUCAAAAGGAUGCGAUCAGAAGUUUGUGCUACGAUGACAGCACAAAGGUGUCCAUGAAGUUCUCGUAUCCAUGGUGGAUAACAAGAUGUGGCAUUACAAGCGGCGGGGAGGCCACCACCGACACACCCCUACGCAAGUGUGUGUACCCAUCUUACAGCGUUCAUGAUCCGCAAGAUCAGCCGGCCGUCCUGAUAUGUAGCUACACAUGGUCUCAGGAUGCGACGCGCAUCAGUAGCUUAAUCACGCGCCAUGAAGACGAGCUUCGUGACUUGAUACUGGAUCAGCUUGCACGGAUACACCUCAGAAACUUCCAGCAGCAAACUCCCACUUCUUAUCAUGGUUCAACUACACUUGAAGAGGUUCAUCAGGUCAUCGGCGAUGCCUACAUAUCACACCAUGCUUGGAACUGGUCGCAAGACCCGUUCACUUCGGGCGCUUUUGCUAUGUUUGGACCCGGCCAGUUCUCGAACUUUUAUCCAUAUCUCGUACGUCCAGCGGCAGACAGCCGUUUUCAUAUCUGUGGGGAGGCGAGCAGUGGACACCAUGGGUGGAUCAGUGGUAGCUUAGACAGUGCACUUGCUAGUGUACACAAGUUUUUGAAAAGAUUUAAUAUGUGGGAGAAGCAACAAGAGUUGAAGGCUCUAUGGGAUAUGCCAUCAGAGGUGGAGGACGGGAUAGACGGUACAUUGCAUCUUCAGGUUGCGUUAGGCAUGGUUCCGACGAGCGAUAUGGUUUGGCAAACAACAGUUGGACUGGCGCAUAAUGAAGACGAAGUUACACGAGGUUGUGUUGUUUCAUAG